UUACCAACCAAACCUUGAGCAAUUGUUAACGGUAUCGUAAAGUGGCACUUGACUUGAUAACUCGGUUAUCUCGAUACGCCAAUAUAAUAAUCGUGUUUUUGUAAGAAUCACAUCAGCAGAACAAUAGAGAGAAUGUGGCGAGCUAUACUACUGGUUUCUGUGGCCCUACCAGCAGCCUUGUCCAGCCUUGUGGACGUGGACAAGGACAAAGGCCAGGUCUGGGCCGUGCUUGUGGCUGGCUCUAACACCUACGGCAACUACAGGCAUCAGGCGGACGUUUGCCACGCUUAUCAGAUCCUCCACCGCAAUGGUGUACCAGAUUCUAACAUUAUAGUGAUGAUGUACGACGAUAUUGCUAACAACCCAAGUAAUCCAAAGAAGGGGAAAAUCUUCAACAAGCCCGGUGGACCUAACGUUUAUGGACCGAAAGCAGUGAACAAAGACUACGUUGGUGACGAUGUGACUCCAGAGAACUUCGUCCAUGUGCUGACAGGAAAUCAUGAAGCAGUGAGAGGGGUUGGUUCUGGGAAAGUUUUAAAGAGCGGUCCAAAUGAUCACGUGUUCGUCAACUUCGUAGAUCACGGGGCUCCUGGCCUGAUAGGUUUCCCCAAUGACGUCAUGCAUGCCGAUGACUUAAUCCGUGCUCUCAAGACCAUGCAUAAAAAAAAGAUGUACAAAAAGUUGGUGUUCUACAUGGAAGCAUGUGAAUCUGGAUCAAUGUUUGACAAAAUACUGCCGAAAAAUAUUGAAAUAUUUGCUACCACUGCUGCCAACCCAACAGAGAGCUCAUAUGCCUGCUAUUGGUCAGACGAGGUUCAGGCCUACCUGGGAGACGAAUAUAGUGUCUCUUGGAUGGAAGAUACUGAUGCUGCGGAAAAGCACAAAAGGUUUUCGAGUGAAACUCUCCUGAAGCAGUACAAGAAUGUAGUAAAGAGAGUUAAGGAGAGCCAUCCCAGUAUGUACGGAGAGAAAACUAUUGACAAGGAUCACGUACAGGACUUUCUCGGCAAGAGCAAACAAAAGGUCACCUUUUACAGCGAAUCACCGUCCCAACUGGAGUCAUUUACGGACGCUGUGCCGAGUAGAGAUGUGCCCCUUCAUGUAUUAACCAAGAAGAUUGCGCUUGCAGAGACAGCUGAAGAGAAGGAGAAAUUGCAGAAGGAAAAAGAAGACCUCGUCAAGGGAAGAAAAGAAAUUGACCAAUUACUCUCAAGAAUCUUAUCUCACGUAACAAAUUUGGAUAUAGAAGAAAUCCAGAAUAUAGAGACUACCCGCCAAGACAUCAGUCUGGAGAUGAUGCCGUGCUACAAAACUCUCGUUAAGGCCUUCAGCGAGAAGUGUAUCAACAUUCCCAAGAACCAGUAUACAUUCUCACAUCUGUACAAACUUGCCAACAUGUGCGCUCUACAAUACUCUUCCACAGAUAUCCUUGAAGCGUUCUCGGCCGAAUGUGGGAGUCUACACCAGGAGAUGGUCAAUGUUAACUAGAUAUCACCGUGAUAUUCAAUAAAAUAGUUGUACGCUAAACAAA